CAGAAAGCCAAGUGUUGACACCCAAAGAUGGCGGGAAACACCAACACUCCCAGCAAGCCAAAAGUGGGGAUGCUGGCUCCCCCCGCGGACUUCCCCUUCCCUUUCCCGGCCUAUGACAUCCAGAAGGACUUCAUGAGGAACCUGUUCCAGUCGCUAGAGGAGGAGAGGCUGGGGAUCUUCGAGAGUCCCACAGGAACGGGAAAAUCUCUGAGUCUUAUUUGCGGUGCUUUGACUUGGCUUAGGGACCACAACACCCAUUAUAAGGCAGAGCUACAGAGGAAAAUAGAGGAGGGCUCAGCCACUGUUGAUGACAAUGACCCUGACUGGUUCUCAGCCACAACCAAGAGAAUUGAGGAGCAGGAGGAGGUCAGGAAGUAUCGAGUAGAGUUAUUAGCUCUGCAGAAGCAAGAGGAAAGGGUUAAGGCCCUCAAAGAACGGCGACAAGUGAUCAAGAGAUCCAAAAUAAAAAAAAUAGACGAUGACUUCGAUGAACUCUUCAGAGACUUGCACCAAGUGAGCGAAGAAGUGCGGCGUGAGCUUAGUGCCAUUGGAGGAGUGGAACCCAUGUCAGCUGAAGAGAGUGAAUGGUUGCUCGAUGAUUAUCACAGUGAUGCUGAGGGGGAAAAUAAGUACAAAAAAAACAAGGAAGAGGAGGAGGAAGAAAAAGGUUGUUUAAAGAUAUACUUCUGUAGUCGCACACACUCCCAACUGUCGCAGUUUGUACGUGAGGUUCAGAAAACUGUGUUUGGGGAAGAUACACGUGUUGUCUCCCUGGCAUCAAGGCAGAAUUUGUGCAUUAAUGAGGCUGUCAGCAAGCUCAAUAACAUGUCCCUUAUUAAUGACAGAUGUCUAGAACUACAGAAAGGCAAAAAAGGUCAGGCCACAAAAUGCGAAAAUGAUGGUACGGUUAGCAAAAAGAAAAAGUCUUCUGCUGGAUGUCCCUAUUACAAACAGACAGCAGUGGAUGGUCUCGCUGAUCAGCUCUUACUCGAGGUACAAGACAUAGAGCAAAUGGUGGGACUAGGACGCAAGACAAAGGGAUGCCCAUAUUAUGCUUCCAGAUAUGCUGUCAAAGAUGCCCAGCUGGUUGUUCUGCCAUACAACACCCUCCUGCACAAGGGUACACGAGAAGCCUGCCAGAUACGCUUAAAGGGUAAUAUCGUUAUUGUAGAUGAAGCUCAUAACCUUCUGGAAACUAUCGCCAACAUCCACUCAGUUUACAUCAGCCAUGGGCAGUUAUCUGGAGCACGUGCACAGCUAAGCCAGUAUUUGGUACGUUACAGCAAAAGGCUUUCUCCAAAGAACUUGUUGUACAUCAAGCAGAUUCAUUUCUUCAUUAAUGCUCUAAUGAAACUUCUUAGUGGAGGUACACAAAGUAUUGGUGCUAUGAACACCAACAGCAACAAAGGGCCAGCUGCUGGCAACCAAAGCUCCAGUUCUCGCAUGCUUACAGUGCCAGUCUUUUUGGCUGAGACUCUCACUGACAAUUUGAACAUCUUCAAACUUAUACAAUACAUUGAACAGAGCAAGAUUGCCCACAAGCUACACUCGUUUAGCCAGAAGUUUGAAGGGACUGUAAAAGUUCACAAAGUGCAAAAGCAGUCUUCAUCGACCUCAGCCUUUCUUGCAAAAAUGGCUAGUCAAAAAAAUAAUAACAGUCCAAAAGAGAACCAGCAGCCAGAAACUCCCAAGACAGAAAAACAAGUGAAGCAAGAGGAAGAGGAGGAGGAGGAGGUGGUGAUGGGGUCACCGCUUAUGCAGAUCACAGAAUUCCUGAGAGCUCUCCUCCAGGCCAGUGAGGAUGGACGUAUCAUUGUCACUAUGGGAUUGACUGCCCGGAAGUCGUCCUUGAAGUAUCUCCUCCUUAAUCCUGCUUCGCACUUCCAUGACAUUGUUAAGGAAUGCAGGUCAGUCAUUGUGGCUGGAGGAACGAUGCGCCCUGUGAGUGAGUUCCGUAACCAGCUCUUCCUCUCAGCUGGAGCUACUCCUGAGAGAAUCCAUGAAUUUUCUUGUGGUCACGUUGUCCCAGGAGAACAAAUCAUGCCCAUAUCUCUCAACGAAGGGCCCACAAAUGUCACCUUAGACUUUACCUAUCAACACAGAAAAGACCCUAAAGUUUUAGAUGAGCUGGGACGUGUUAUUGCUAAUAUCUGCAAUGUUGUACCUGGUGGUCUAGUGUGCUUCCUGCCAUCAUACGAGUAUGAACAGUACAUUUUCAAUCAUUUUACAACAACUGGGGUUAUUAGCAGAUUAUCAGCCAAAAAAAAGAUCUUCCGUGAGCCAAAGAAGUCAAGCCAGCUCGACAGUAUUUUAAAUGAAUAUGCAAAAACAGUACGGUUAUCAGUUACAAACACCACAGGAAUAACAGGCUCACUCCUUUUCAGUGUUGUAGGUGGAAAGAUGAGCGAAGGCAUCAACUUCAGCGACAAUCUGGGCCGAUGUGUUAUCAUGGUUGGCCUUCCUUAUCCCAACACCCAUUCACCUGAACUCAAGGAAAAGAUGCAAUACCUGAACAAGAAUGUGUCUCCAGGGCCUGAUGGAAAGCCAGCAGGUUCUGUCUUCUAUGAAAACCUCUGCUUUAAAGCUGUAAAUCAGUCCAUUGGCCGAGCUAUCCGCCACAGAAAUGAUUAUGCCAGCAUUCUGCUCUUGGACCAUCGGUACAGUCGGCCCUCCUCUGUGCAGGCCUUACCAGAGUGGAUCUCGAAACAUUUGAGAAAGUGUCCUAAGUUCGGUCAGGCGUUUGGUCUAGUCCGCAAGUUCUUUGCAGACAAGAAAACAACAGCCACUUGAGCAUAACAUUUGUAAUAAUUGUAAUAUAUAUUUUUGUAUGAAAUUCCAAUGCAAUAAUGUCACAAUCUAAAGUGACUAAUACAACUUUAUGUAUUUCUUUGCCCUUGUAAAUUCUUGUAUGUAUAUAAAGUAUAAUAAAGCAAAAUUUCAAGGUAUUUAUCAAAAAUAAACUAAUCUUAAUAUCUUA